AUGUCCACAUGCGACCUCUGCAGCUUCUCAGGACCUGAGGCGAACCGCUAUCUGGCGCUCGCUUCUUUCAUGUUCCUGGUAGCAAUCCUGUACUAUGACUAUUUUCUGACACUAUCUAUGGAGAUCGACAACUUUUGGAAGGCACAGCACAAGGUUUCUUGGACCUCAACUCUCUUUGUAUUGAACCGGUAUUUUGCUGUGGCAGGACAAAUCCCUAUCGCACUCGAGUACUUUGCGGACAUGUCUCCUCAACUCUUUCACCAAGCAUUCUCCGUCGCGACACAAGUUACCGUAUCAGGUAUGUACUGUUUCGCUGAGAUGAGUGGUCAGUGGGCAGUCAUUGCAAGUAGAACAUCAGGAGGCCCUCGUACGGAUUAUGUCCCGACAUCAACAUGCAAUGCGCUGUUGACGAUCCGCCAGGCCGAUUAUCUAAUCGCUCCUUGGAGCGCGAUGCUCAUAUUCGAUACGAUGAUCUUUCUUCUUACCCUAUGCAAGACAAUCAGACUGCUGCAUUUAGCUCCACGGACCGGAACACUACUGCAGAUAUUCUUGCGAGACGGAAUCAUCUACUUCGGUGCCCUUGUCAUUGUGAAUGUCGCAAACAUCGUGAUCUUCCUGGAUUACACACGGGGUAUGGUGUCAACGCUCACAAACGUGAUGUCAAGUGUCUUAAUUUCGCGACUCAUGCUCAACUUGCGUGACCCGGGCCUCAAUGAGCUGCCACAGCACGCAACACACUCACAAGCGGAUCCUCUGGAGACUAGCAAGCCACACAGCCCUCUGAUAUUUGCGAGGCAGACGAGAGCCGAAGGUGGUCAGGUGCAAUCCACGAUGAGUAGUGGCGGUCGGUCCCUUACCGUCGGCCGCAGCACAGUUAUCUGUACCAAGUCAUAA